CAUGCGGAGUGCCUGCCUCAGUCGAACCCGGGUGGACGCGCGACCAGCACGGAGAAAACGAACGCACGUCAAUACUCGGCGCGAACACACAAAACGUCUGAAAGACAUUUUAACGGGGUGGGCCGCUGACGAUGGUGAACAAGGACGGCGGCAGUGCCCACAUGGGCCGCACCAACAACAGCCUGCAGGUGCCGAACGGCAACAACGGCACGCAGCACCACGAGUUCAACUCGAUGAAUAUCGAUUCGGACGGCUCCGGAGUCGGAGUCACCAUAGUCCUGCCGGAAAAGCAGGAGCGGGCCGCGUGGGAUAACAAGCUGCAGUUUUUCCUCAGCAUCAUCGGCUACUCGGUCGGGCUGGGCAACAUUUGGCGCUUUCCCUAUCUCUGCCAGCAGAACGGAGGAGGCGCGUUUCUGAUUCCGUUUUUCAUCAUGCUCAUCCUCGAGGGCAUCCCUUUGUUCCUGGUUGAAAUCGGCAUUGGCCAGAAGCAGCGGUUAGGCGCCCUCGGCGUGUGGAACAUUGUGCACCCCUGGCUCGGAGGACUGGGCAUUGCCAGCUGCGUGGUCACUUUCUUUGUGGCCCUUUAUUACAACGUUAUCAUCACCUGGUGCUUCUACUAUUUGUUCAACUCGUUCCAGUAUCCUUUGCCGUGGGCAGAAUGUCCAUUGACAGCAAAUGGAACCAAAGUGGAGGAGUGCGAGCUUAGUUCAGAGACAGCCUACUUCUGGUACAGGCAGACCCUGGACGUGUCGCCGUCGAUGGAUGACAGCGGCGGCCUCAAGUGGUGGAUCGUCCUGUGCUUGCUGCUCGCCUGGACCGUUGUCUUCUUCAUCGUGAUGAAAGGCAUCCAGUCUUCUGGCAAGGUCGUGUACUUCACUUCGCUCUUCCCGUACGUAGUGCUGACCAUCUUCUUCAUAAGAGGCAUCACAUUGAAGGGCGCGGCUGCUGGGCUCAUUCACAUGUAUACGCCCAAGAUUGAAAAAUUAUUAAAUCCGACUGUGUGGCUCGACGCCGCCACACAAGUAUUUUACUCCUUUGGACUCGCCUUUGGCUCUUUGAUUGCCUUUGGCAGUUACAACCAGCAGAACAACAAUUGUGUCCGAGACGUGGUUUUUGUGUCCAUCACUAAUGCAGUCACAGCCAUUUACGCCAGCGUUGUCAUUUUCUCCAUCCUUGGCUUCAAAGCUAUGGCCAAUGUUGACAGAUGCAUUGAACACAACAUGGAACGGAUGUUUGAGCACCACUUGAUAAGUGCCCCCAAUGUCAGCACCGAAGUUUACGAGCAGGUCAUGUCCACUCUUAACGAAACCGUCUUGCACACGUGGAAAAUGCAUGAGUGCAGUCUCGAAAGGGAGCUGGAUCAGGCUGCAGAGGGCACUGGUCUGGCCUUCAUCGUUUUCACACAAGCCAUUGUCGAGCUUCCGGGAGCACCGUUUUGGGCCAUUAUUUUCUUCUUGAUGCUGCUCUCGCUGGGUCUUGGAUCUCAAAUUGGAAUUUUGGAGGGGAUGUUGUGCACAAUUUUUGACAUUGACUUCUUCAGGGAGAGGAUACCGAAGCAAUACUUGACAGCUGGAGUUUGCAUCAUUUGUUUCUUCGUCGGGCUUAUUUUCUGCACUGGUGCCGGAGAAUACUGGUUGUCUCUGUUUGAUUCCUUCGCUGGCACAAUAGGUCUAGUUGUGAUCGCCCUCCUUGAGAUGAUUGCUGUCAUGUAUAUCUACGGCCACGAAAAGUUCACAAAAGACAUUUACGACAUGACUGGCUACCGCCCUGGCCUUUACUGGCAAAUUACCUGGCGUUACCUGGGCCCCAUCAUUAUGACCUGCAUCCUCACAGCUUCGAUUUUGCACAAGAUUAUGCACCGGCCAACCUACUCAGCCUGGGACGCCACAACAGGAACUACAGUUUCAACAGUUUACCCAGACUGGGUCAUGGUGAUCGCCAUCUGCAUCAUUGCAGUUGGUGUUUUGCCAAUUCCUGCGGUGUUCUUGCUCAGGCGAUUCCAGUGUCUCAAGUUGGACACGGACAUCCACCAGGGAGCAAUCAGGAGGAUCGACACCACUGCUUCAACCAGAGAAAUGAUGGCAGAUGUUGAUUUCGAUGAAGUUGAGAUGGAUGAGUACCACGACUACCCCAACAGUCAAGAAGUCGAUGAUUCUCCGGAUGACCACUUACGACCACCGAGGAGAAUAUUCAAGAUGGAGGUGUUAGACGACUGAACGUAGUUCUAGAGAAAAAUCACACCUAGGGUACUGCAAAACUAGACGAGUAAUAAUGACUACUAAAAACUAGUUGUUAAUAAUAAUGCGAUAUAUUUUGUGUGGAGUGAUGACAAAUUGUAGAUACUUAGUUCUAAUGUGUUGAAGCAUUAGAAUCUUGUAAUUUUAAGAGUGUAGCAAGGAGGAGAAGAAAAAUACUCAAAAGCGAUUUUAAAUUUAAUGCAUUUGUACAAAGGUUGAAAUAUGAUGUAUCAAAGUCAUUGAUUGUCAAAGAAAAUAUCUCUCUGAUCACACACAUCAAUAACGAUAAAACAAACAAGCUCAGUUACAUCAGUACCGUGAAUUAAAAGUCUAUUGUGGACAGCGUGCAUAAAACAUAAUUGUGAGGAAAAAAUCAGCACUUAGUAUCGGCAAGUGCCUUCUCGAUUGGAGAUACUGAAUACACAGAAUGCACAUAU